GGCUCUGACAGUAUUCCAGACAAAAUGGCGGAUGUUGUUGUUUUGCCGCAGGGUCAGUGCUAAUCGGAGUUCGCCUUUUCACCGAUUUACUGCAAGAAAAGACAGAAAUCAUAUCGUUGGCGACAACCUUCAUCGUUGUAAGGGUUUGCGAGGUGGACUGUAAUGAAAGGCAAAGAAAGGUCGCCGAUUAAAAAGCGCUCUCGGGCUUUGGAUGAUAUCCGAGACAGGGGAGGAGGCCAUCCGCCCAGCAAGAAAAUGGGGGCUAUCUCAGUUUCCAGCGGGAGCAAUAAUGGAAAUACCUCGACUAAAAGUGACGCAGGAUCUACAAGAAGGAGUUUGUUGGGCGAAAAGAGAGACAGGGAUUUUGACGGGCAUGUUUCCAGUCGAUCCGGCGUGAGUAACCAUAGUUAUCCCGGUGCUGUUGCUAUCGGUAAGAACCACAACCUGGGCUUGACUCUCGAUUUAGCCACAGCAAGGACUAGUAAUUCGCGUGGCGAGCGUGCUCUGCCUCCCCCCAACAACAACGAAAGUGAGUACAAAACUCUUAAAAUCAGUGAAUUGGGAACUCAGUUGAGCGACGAAGAUAUCGAAGACGGACUUUUCCACGAAUUCAAAAAAUUUGGGGACGUGAGUGUCAAAAUAAGCCGCAGCAACGACGAGAGAAUCGCGUUUGUCAACUUCAGAAAGCCUGAGGAUGCCAGAGCAGCUAAACACGCCCGGGGCAGGUUAGUACUUUACGACCGUCCUCUGAAAAUCGACGCAGUGUACAUCAACAGACGGAGAAGUCGCUCUCCAGUUGAGAGAGUUGACAGAGACCCCUAUGUUGGAGCCCCAGGGCACAGACACCUUCAUACCCAGAGACCCCUCUCCCCAUCAGGGCUUGGAUACAGAGACUACAGACUACAGCAGCUGGCCCUUGGGCGCCUCCCUCCUCCCCCACUUCCCCCUUUGCCCAGAGACCUAGAACGGGAGAGGGAGUUUGCCCUGUUUGAAGCCAGGUCGCGCCCAGGUCCAGCUUUCAUUGCAGAGAGAGCUGCUGCUUUCCGCGAGGAGGAUUUUAUCUCUCCCGAGGAUGACCAAAGAGCUAACAGAACGCUGUUUCUGGGCAACUUGGACAUCACAGUCACAGAGACGGACCUGAGAAGGGCGUUUGACAGGUUUGGGGUGAUAACAGAGGUGGAUAUAAAGCCCACACGGGGACAGACCAGCACAUACGGAUUUCUGAAGUUUGAGAACCUAGACAUGGCCCAUCGUGCCAAACUCACCAUGUCUGGGAAGAUAGUGGGCCGUAACCCUAUAAAGAUUGGCUAUGGUAAGGCCACCCCCACCACACGCCUAUGGGUGGGCGGGCUCGGACCCUGGGUCCCCCUAGCAGCAUUGGCCAGAGAGUUUGACCGCUUUGGUACAAUAAGGACCAUUGACUACAGAAAGGGGGACACCUGGGCUUAUAUACAGUAUGAGAGCCUUGACGCUGCUCAGGCUGCGUGCACUCACAUGCGUGGCUUCCCUCUGGGGGGGCCCGAGAGGAGACUCAGGGUGGACUUUGCAGACACCGAGCACCACUACCAGCAGCAGUUCCUUCAGCCUCUUCCUCUACCCCCCUUCGACAUGGUGGCAGAGGCUUUCAUCCACCGAGCCACAGCUGAGCCCCUGAGGGACAGAGAAAGGACCCCACCGCCGCUCCACUUCAGAGAAAGAGAUCUGGGCUUCCCCGGGGCUGAGUGGCCCCCUAACCCGGCUAUGCGUGAACGAGUACGUCCCGGGGUCUUUGAGCUGCCGGACCACCUGCAGCGGGACCGGCGGCCGGGGGGGAGGGAGCCCUGGUCUCUGGAGCGUGAGCUGGUGGGGCGCGGCGGCGACCCGGGACGGAAACGACGCCUCAUGGACGACGGUCGCCAUCUUGAUGUCUCUCCUGACAGCACUGAUCGCACGGCACGCCGGCGCAGAGGUGGCCCAUCCCCAGAUGGUAGCCCUGACGGAGGCCGCUUCAGUGACUCAGAGCGCCCCCCUCGCGACGACAGACCCUCCCCUGGACGAGACCGCCGCCCCAGUCUGGAGCGUCCUGGCGGAGGGGACAGGAGAUUGAAGAACCAGGGGAAUCUCGCCGAGAGAGGGGCCUCCAGCAGUGGCCUCGCAUCUUCAACAGGGGAGCGGAAACGUAAAGCCGGCGACAGCAGCAGCAGAGGACCCGGAGCUAAGAGGGAUCGCUCCUCAGACCAGGGCGGCUCUAAAGGCAGUCAGUCAUCCAAGCUGAGCCUGGCCUGGCACGGCAUGCUCCUCCUGAAGAACAGCAACUUCCCCGCCAACAUGCACCUUCUGGAGGGUCACCAGGGCGUGGCCAAGGACCUCCUCGUUGACGGCCCCACGGGGAGACAGGUGGGCGAACUCAAGAUCACCCAGCGUCUCCGCCUCGACCAGCCCAAGCUGGACGAGGUCUCCAGACGCAUCAAAGCGGCCGGCCCAGGCGGCUACGCUGUCCUCCUGGCGGUUCCGGGUUCCGGUGGCGAGGAGGUGUCGUCGACGGACCCGGCAGCUUCCACCCAGCGUCCUCUCCGCAAUCUGGUGUCCUACCUGAAACAGAAGCAGGCAGCCGGAGUCAUCAGCCUGCCGGUUGGAGGCAGCCGGGAUAAGGACCACCAGGGUGUUCUCCACGCGUUCCCUCCCUGUGAGUUCUCACAGCAGUUCAUUGAUGCCUCGGCUAAAGCUCUGGCCAAAACGGACGAGGACUAUCUGGUGAUGGUCGUGGUGCGAGGUCCAUCAUAACUACAAUCAGAGAGAGGAAGCAGGACAUCAGUGAUAUUGUACAAAAGAAAAAAAGAUGUCAGUAACUACUGUUGCAUGCUGUGUGUUGAGUUCUGCUCCAUGGGGUACUACUAUAGAGUAGGGGUAUGAUGGGGUACUACUAUAGAGUAGGGGUAUUAUUGGGUACUACUACAGUAGGGGUAUGAUGGGGUACUACUAGACUAGGGGUAUGAUGGGGUACUACUAGAUGGGGUACAACUAGAGUAGGGGUAUGAUGGGGGCAUAGGCUAUUUCACUAUUUGUUCCACCAAAAUAAAUAUGAAAUGCCCUCUUGAAAGUCAACAAAUGUGUAGGCAAAUUGUGCAACCCUGUUUUAUUAAGGGUGUGCUCAUUUCCAGCCAGUAUUAUAGAAGGGGGACAUUCUAGAAAUACAAUCUAACUUGAAAUGAGGUAAAAUGGCACCCUUUUUCAUUUAGGAAAACUUGAAUCAUCCGCUGUGUGUGAGAAGACUCCAUUCCAACAUUUGGUCCACUGUUAGUGUUCCACUGAUCGUAUUAAAUACAGCGCCUUCAGAAGUAUUUAUACCCCUUGACUUAUUCCACAUUUUCUUGUGUUACAGCCUGAAUUUAAAAUGGAUUUAAAAAAAAAUGCUCUCCCAUCUACACACAAUACCCCACAAAGUGAAAACAUGUUUUUAGAAAUUUUGCCAAAUUUAUUGAAAAUUAAAUACAGAAUGAUCUCAUUUACAUAAGUAUUCACACCCCUUAGUCAAUACUUUGUUUCUAAGUACCUUUGGCAGCAAUUACAGCUGUUAGUCUUUCUGGGGUUAGUGUCUAAGAGCUUUCCACUCCAUUUAUUACACUUUCUUUUCUCGCUGUCAGUUAGGUUAGUAUUGUGGAGUAACUACUAUGUUGUUGAUCCAUCCUCUGUCAUUAAAACAUCAUGCUAAACACUAUUAUUGCACACAGAGUGAGUCCAUGCAACAUAUUAUGUGACUUGUUAAGCACAUUUUUACUCAUGAACAUAUUUAGGCUUGCCAUAACAAAGGGGUUGAAUACUUAUUGAAUCACAACAUUUCAGAUUUUCAUUUUUAAUUCAUUUGUAAAAAUGUUUAUAAAAAACAACAUAUUUCCACUUUGCCAUUAUGGGGUAUUGUGUGUAGGCCAGUGACACAUCUCAAUGUAAUCCAUUUUAAAUUCAGGCUGUAACACAACAAAAUGUGGAAAAAGUCAAUGAGUGUGACUACUUUCUGAAGGCUCUGUAAAUUAAUGACGCUGCUUUGUGCUUCAUUACAAUCAUUUUGUGUCAUUUACAGUUAAUUAUAUAUUUUUCACCUCAAGGCCCUUUCUAAAAGUCCUGAAUUAUGAAGCCUUUAUUUUAAAUGUCACAUUUUGAGAAAGAUACCAUCAGAUCUGUUUGACAACUUUGGUAUGGUGAGGAUAUAAAUCAUAUUUCAAUUUCUCACCAAAAAAAAGUAUUGGGGACAAUUGUGUUGGGAUAUGUCAUUACUUGACAAAAUUGACUUCCUGUCUUUCUGUAAUACAUGGAAAUGGUUCAAACCUAGGAAUCAAAUGUCCCUAUGCACAGUAGGCUAUCUGGUGUUAGGUUACACCUGGUGUUUCAGCCUGUAUAACUGGUUAGGUUACACCUGGUGUUUCAGCCUGUAUAACUGGUUAGGUUACACCUGGUGUUUCAGCCUGUAUAACUGUGCCCACAUUUCUAUGGUUAAGGAAUGGUUCAUGACACUACAAAAUGGGUAGAGACAAUGGGGUUUAGUUGCUGAGUGUAAACUCAACCUAACUUGUCUGUGGUGUGAAUAUAGUGUAUUCAAUUGGUUUCCAAAUGUGUUUUAAUGUUUAAGCUACUCACCAGUAAUACUUGGGCGUAUUGAGAGGCUGAAUGAGGAAUAGAGGUGAUUUUUUUGCCCAGCUAAUAUACUGUAGGAUGGGCCCAUCAAUGCAAUGACGCAACAAACACAUAGCCCACUAAGAGAGAUGCUAAGGGUAGAUUUUAUUGUGUACAUUUUCUUUAGCACCACCUGACCCUUGGUAGUAACUUGUGACCUAUAACCUUUGACCUAUAAUGUGUGGUAAAAUUACACUAGAGAUAAAAACAAAUUUAUGCUUUUGUUGUUGUUGACCUCUGUUGGUCCGCUUUCAUUCAAUUAAUAUACCAAUGUUUGUUGCCAAGUUUGUCUGAAUUUGACAGUAUUUUAUUGGUAAUCAUUGCUAACAAAUGAUUUACGGUAAUCCUAAUAAUCAAUAAGUUAAAAGGUAUUCAACAUUUGGAGAAACUGAUCAUUUAAGUUUUUUGGGGGGGAGAAAAACUUAAAUUGUAAGUUGUAGUGCUAUUAUUUUGUAGUAUUUUUAAACCGCAAUGCGUCAGCAGAAAACAGCUAGAUUUGUCAGACUUAAUAGCCUGCUGUUGGUAACAUUUUAUGGCUGUUUUCUUUUUUUCAUUUUUUUUAAAAAAACUAAACUGAGUUGUAGUUUUAAGAUGUUUUAAGAUGAGGUUGGUCUGGUUUAUCUGUUUGAAAAAUUGUAUGAGAAAAAAAAUCUGUAUUUGUCUCAAAGUUCACUGCCUCAACUGAGGACUUCCUAUGGCUCAAACCUCACAGGAAACUCUGAAGAGAAGGAAACUACUUAGAAUUUGUGUGUUUUCACUGAGAAAGCAGCUUUUAAGUUGUCUUCUUUUGUGUUCUGUUUUAAGUGGAGUAAUAUGACCAUCUUGCUUUGUGCUGUGUACCUGGUUUCAUUGGGAAGACAAGAAAAGGAAAAAAUCCUCUUCCCACACUGCGCUUACUGCCAAGCUGUUUAACACACAGAGACAAAGUGCAUUUAUGCACUUAUUUGUCCUCCGAAUAUCAAUAAAUGUUCAUUUGAUGGAAA